CACGUGCCCAUUCUCAGAGCUCAAAACGCCGCUCACUCACUCCCUAGGUACAAAAUCCUCCUUCUAUGUCCAGACCCAUAGCUCUUCUGUUCAUUCACUGUGAACACAAAUGUCGCUAUAGAGCAAAUAAUCCACUCUCCCUUCAAAGUUCCUACCUUUUUCUCUUAUUCCGCUCUAGUUUAUACAUCCUUACUGAUUGUUUCGCUCUUCCUUAUGAUCAUGGGGAAGAGCGAUAUUCUCCACCAGUACAACCCUUCUCAGGUUUCGCAACUUGGGAUGAGAAAUGCAGCAGAUUGGCACUACAUUUUGGACAAGAAGAGAGAGAAGUGGAAGAAUAGUCGUAAAACCCAAAGCCCGUUUCAAUGGUUUCCCUGGUUCUUUUGUUUGUGGAUUCUUCUGCUCUCCAUUCGUGUGAAGCCGGUUUUGGGUGAAGGAGAUCGUUGGGAUGGGGUGGUCGUCACAGAAUCAAAUUUCUUGGCACUUCAAGCGUUCAAGCAAGAGCUGAUUGAUCCCAAAGGCUUCCUGCGAAGCUGGAAUGACAGUGGUUUCACUACUUGUUCUGGAGGUUGGGUUGGAAUCAAGUGUGCCCAGGGUCAGGUUAUCGUGAUCCAGCUUCCGUGGAAGGGACUGAGAGGGCACAUCACAGAGAGGAUAGGCCAACUUGAAGGCCUUCGAAAGCUUAGUCUUCAUGAUAAUCAAAUUGGUGGGUCAAUCCCUUCCUCAUUGGGACUCCUUCCUAAUCUCAGAGGGGUCCAGCUAUUCAACAAUAGGCUAGAAGGGUCCAUCCCUCCUUCAUUAGGUUCUUGCCUUUUGCUUCAGUCCUUAGACCUAAGUAAUAACUUACUCACAGGGAGAAUCCCUGAUAGCCUAUUCAAUUCUUCUAAGCUUUAUUGGCUUAAUUUGAGCUUCAAUUCCUUCUCUGGUUCAAUACCGGCUACCCUCUCUCGCUCACCUUCUCUCACCUUCGUUUCUCUCCAACACAAUAAUCUUUCUGGCCCCAUCCCAAACUCAUGGGGCGGGGCUCUGAAAAAUGAUUUCUUUCGGCUUCAGAAUUUGAUCCUAGACCAUAACUCAUUCUCUGGAACCAUUCCUGCUUCUUUUGGCAGCUUAGCUGAACUCAGAGAGAUUUCUCUGAGUCAUAAUCAGCUUAGCGGAGUUAUCCCAAAUGAAAUAGGGAGCCUUUCUAGACUAACAACGUUAGAUUUUUCAAAUAAUGCCCUGAACGGAAGUUUGCCUGCUAGUCUCUCUAAGUUGUCAUCGCUUACUGUGUUGAAUGUUGAGAACAACCACCUUGAUGACCAAAUCCCUGAAUCUCUAGGUAGAUUACGUAAUCUUUCUGUUCUUAGUUUGAGGGGAAAUCAACUUAAUGGUCACAUUCCUGAAAGUGUUGGCAACGUUUCCUCGCUUAAACAGAUUGAUCUGUCACUGAAUAAUCUCAGUGGUGAAAUCCCAUCCUCCUUUAACAAUUUACGUAGCCUUAAUUUCUUCAAUGUUUCUUACAAUAACCUCUCUGGUCCUGUUCCCUCCUUACUUGCCCAAAAAUUUAACUCGAGCUCAUUUUUGGGUAAUAUUCAACUAUGUGGGUACGACCCUUCAAUCCCAUGUCCUUCUCCAGCACCAUCUGGGAUUGUCUCCGCUCCAUCUUCUGAAGCAUCGAAACACCAUCAUCGUCGGAAACUACAUAUCAAAGACAUAAUUCUGAUAGCAGCAGGGGCUCUCCUCGUACUCCUCGUAAUAAUAUGUGGAAUCCUGAUCUUCUUCUUGAUCAGAAGAAGAGCAGCAUCGAAAGCAGAGAAAAAGGCAAGUGCUGGCACUUCUGGAACCGGAAAAGGAGUUGCUGCAGCAGCAGCAGCAGCUGCAGCUGCCGGUGAAGCCGAGGCCGGCGGUGAGGCUGGAGGGAAACUAGUCCAUUUUGACGGCCCCACAGCCUUUACAGCCGAUGAUCUUUUGUGUGCAACCGCAGAGAUAAUGGGAAAGAGCACCUACGGAACAGUGUACAAAGCCACCUUGGAGGAUGGAAGUGAGGUUGCAGUGAAGAGACUGAGAGAAAAGAUCACCAAAGGCCAGAGAGAAUUUGAAUCUGAGGUUAACAUUCUUGGGAAAAUUCGUCACCCAAAUCUUUUGGCACUGAGGGCAUAUUAUCUGGGACCCAAGGGGGAAAAGCUUCUGGUUUUCGAUUAUAUGCCCAGAGGAAGUCUUGCUGCUUUCCUGCACGCUCGUGGGCCAGAAACAGCCAUUGAUUGGCCAACAAGGAUGAGAAUAGCGCAAGGCAUGGCUCGUGGCUUGUUCUACCUUCAUUCCCAUGAGAAUAUCAUACAUGGGAAUCUGACAUCCAGCAACGUCCUGCUGGACCAAAACACAAAUGCUAAAAUAGCAGAUUUUGGUCUUUCUAGGUUAAUGACAACCGCCGCUAGUUCUAACGUCGUUGCGGCAGCCGGAGCCUUAGGCUACCGAGCGCCGGAGCUCUCAAAGCUGAAGAAAGCAAACACAAAAACUGAUGUGUACAGCCUGGGUGUGAUCUUGUUGGAACUCCUAACAGGGAAGUCACCAGGUGAGGCCAUGAAUGGGGUGGAUUUGCCUCAAUGGGUUGCCUCCAUUGUGAAGGAAGAAUGGACGAAUGAGGUAUUCGACGUGGAGCUCAUGAGAGAUGCAUCUACCAUUGGUGAUGAGUUGUUGAACACACUGAAGCUUGCUUUGCACUGUGUUGAUCCUUCUCCAUCAGCACGACCAGAAGUUCAGCAAGUACUACACCAAUUAGAAGAGAUUAGACCAGAGAGACCAACCAGUUCAACCAGUGAUUAGGAGCAUUGUUGUAGGAGGAAAUUAGCCUUUAAAUUACUUCUUUUUUGUGCUCAGUAGGACUGUCAUUAUUCUUUCAUUCAUAUUUUAUUACAACUUGGCCUGUUUGAAUUGCUUGCGUCUGUAAAUACUGCUGUGUUUUAUAGCGGCAAGUGUUUCCUCUUUUAACACUUCAUU